AUGGCUCUACCAACUCCCUCGGAAAACGAAGGUAGCCAUAAUCUUGAUUAUCAACGAGGCGAUACCGUUUGGCUACUUGCGGAUCACUUCUUCAAGCCUGCAAGGCAGUUGCCAUCACUUCCUGUCGAGCUCUGGCUUCAAAUUUUUCGACUCUACCUUGGGCCAUCAAUUACAAACUUGUCACGAGACUCAUUCUCCAGCUACGCUCACUGUAUCUCCCUCCAUAGGGGAGACGCUGCACGCAUAUAUCGCAAGAAAGAGCAGAUUCGAAGUGUCCUGCGUCGUGUAUGCCAUACAUGGAAGAUGCUCGCUGAUGACCUGGACGACGCCGUUCUGAUGAGCCAUUCGGACGAGAUUGACUGGCCUCCUGGCUGUUCAAAACCCCAAGCAAAAGCUAUAUACUAUCUUUCCAGUGGGUUUUAUCCCCUUCAUAAAGAUCCCGUCAAGUCUUACCACGAGGCCAACGGGAAAAUCUAUAAUCAACUUUCUGAGAACCAAGUGCUCGGAUUCGACAAGGAGUUCCCACUGGCUCCAAUUACUGUCGUGUAUGACUUUGACAUCCAUCUUCCGUCCACAUACAGCCCGGCAACACCCAUGCUUGCAUUUACAUGGUCUACUUCUCGGGUACCAAAUGCUAUCCAGAUGUUAUGUCACCCAAUCUUUUCUGGGUUACUCGCACUGUCCUUGUCGCUUUGGCGUCCUGUAUCUAUCCAGGAAACAAUACGAUAUUUCACAUUACUGCAGCUUCGUUAUCUGAAUAUCACCCUCUUCCGGAACCUGUCGGAUGUAGAACUCGCAGAAUCCGGGACAAAUAGGUCGGUUCUAACUUGGAGGUUUCCUAAGCUUGCCUUUCUCCAUGUAAAUUCUAUUGGGAAAUUCUCCGAGAACGAUGUGCUCGGUCUCAUACGAGCUCACAGUAGCCAGCUUGUAGAGCUCCAUGUGUCACAUCUUGGUGGGAAGCUUCCGACAUCCGAUGACUGGCAGCGCUUUUGCUCACUUCAACUAUAUGUGGCGGGCGAUAUCGAUAUGCUGGUGGAUGCAUUUUCCUCUGUGGGUACUCUUUGGACGCGAACAUCGACCAAUACGUCCAAAGAGAUAAUUGGAACAGAGACGAUACCUCGGCGCCUCACCAUGGGCCUUCAGUAUCCUCAUAUCAGCCGGUAUACCAAUAUGCACGUUAUUCAAGCCUUCAGUCAGUGCCAAUCCAUCCUCCCAAAUAUUGAUUUUACAAUGGCACAAACAUGGGAGUCUAUACGGCUGCCUAUCACUCAGUGUCAGUACGUCGAGGGCACGUAUAAUGAUCUUAGGAGAUCUUUGGAGCUGAUGACAACCCUGGGCGUAGACUUUGUCGACCCAGAUGGGAACGGCCUUGAUUCCUACGAGGCUCGCUGUCUACGAGAGGCACUUGAUGAUGAACAAGUGAUACGUGCCUUUAGCUCCCUUACUUGA